AUGUUGAAUUCUGAAGAAGCUAAUUUAGAAGAGAGAAGGUGUUUAUAUGUAGCUGCAGGAGCAUUAAUAGUUUAUCAACAAGAGAGAGAUCUUGAAGAAAGACGAGAAGAGGAGAAAAAAGUAAAAAGAAAAAGGAGGACACUGUGGGUGAGAGAUUGGCUGUCAAGACGCCACAUCCACGGUCAUUUUGAUCAUUUACUGGCAGAGCUGCAUAGGGAGGAUCAAAAGAGCUAUAAGAAUUUCUUGAGAAUCACUCCUGAUCUGUUUGAGGAAAUGGUUGAAAAGCUAACGCCUCAUCUGGAGAAGAAAACAACGUUUAUGCGAGAACCACUAGAAGUAGGACUGAAACUUGCCGUCACUCUCCGUUUCUUGGCAACAGGAAAUUCAUAUUCUACAUUACAGUACAGCUUUCGAGUUGAGAAAAGCACCAUAUCGAGAUUUAUUCCCGAAGUAUGUAAUGCACUCAUUAAAGUGUAUAAAAAGGAAGUACUCAGCUGUCCAAAAACUGAAGAUGGGUGGAAGGAUGUGGCCAAGAAGUUCAGUUCCAGAUGGAAUUAUCAUAAUUGCCUUGGUGCCGUCGACGGCAAACACGUGGCAAUCAGGAAGCCGCCAAAGUCUGGGUCCUUGUACUUUAACUAUAAAGGUUUCCAUAGUAUUGUUCUCAUGGCUGUAGCAGAUGCAGAUUAUAAGUUUCUGUAUGUGGAUGUUGGAGCAGAGGGUGGCUCUUCAGAUGGUGGAACUUGGAAAAACUGCAACUUGUAUGAUGCCAUUGAAGGGGAAAGAGCAGGGGUGCCGCCACCGGAACCAAUGCCCAAUGAUGACAUGCCCAUACCUUUCCAUUUUGUGGCUGACGAUGCAUUUGCGAUGAAGCCCUGGCUUAUGAAGCCCUUCUCACAUAGGUCCCAAGUUCAUGAAGAGAUCAUAUUCAGUUAUAGACUAAGCCGAGCUAGGCGAGUAGUGGAAAACUCGUUUGGUAUUUUGGCUCACAGGUUCAGAUGUUUCCUGACUACACUUCCACAGAAGCCCCAAACUACCAACUUAAUCAUCAUGAGUGCCUGCGUCUUACAUAAUCUGAUAUUAACCAGGUACCCACUGGCAUCAGGAGAUGUAGACCAUGAAGAUCCAUCUACGCAUGCGAUGAUACCUGGUGCAUGGAGAGACGACCCUGUGUUUCACGGUCUGAGAGCUCCGACAGGAAACACUUCUAUCAAGGAAGCUAAGAGCCAACGUGCAUAUCUAUCACAUUAUUACACCUCCCGCGCUGGAGCAGUUUCUUGGCAAGAAAAGAUGAUAACCUAAGCAGAUUAACUAUGACAUUAUUGUGAUGCAGUAUAGCACUAGCUCAAUUCCACAAAAAAUGCCAAAUGACACUGGCACAAAAGAAAUUUUUAUUUCUUGAAUGGUUAUGUAUUUCAACAAGGCCCGACAUCGUUCCAAUAUCAACCGUCUGUUGUACAUCUGAUUUUUAAACUUAGGAUAUGAAAUCAGUGUCUAUAAGUGUGUUUGUAUUAUGUCUUAAUGUACAGCUUUGUUGUUGAACUUACACGUGAUGC